AUGGUGUCUUGGAGCAACAACGAGAGCAGUGAGGACUCUGACGUGCAGUUCAUCUCUUCCUACGCCUCCCCUAUUAAGUUGCAUGAGACUUAUGAGAAGAUUUUUGAAGAUGUGAACAACCUCUUGGAUUCCCAGGAUAAUCUGCCACAGGUAAAUGAUCAGGAUGAUGCUGAGAGCGGCAUGGAAAAGGAUGUUGAGAUCAAAAAAUUGAAGGCAGUUGUUGACCAGUUGAAGUUCGUUCAUGUUGCUCAAGGCAAUGCCAUUAGGAAUUUGAAGUUCAAUCAUUUGAAAGGGAAGGAAAAGAUGAGCUCUAAUAAGAGGACUUCGGAGUUUAGCUUUGCUGACCUGAAGAAAGAGAAGGAGAAGCUGGAUCUUUACAUUGCUGAGUUGAUUAAAGAGAAGGAUAAGUUGAGCAUUGAGAAGAGUGCUUUGUAG